AUGCAUAUGCUUAACAAAUUGAUUAGCAUGCUCGUUAUUGGUAUCGCCUAUUGCCAACACCAAAAUUCGUACGUAGUUGUUCCGCCAAAUGGGGGUCAACCUGUUCAUGCAUUACCAUAUCCCAAUGGCAUUUACAGAAUUAUUGUUCGUGGAAGUCAAACGGCAAACAUAUUCACACUUAUUGAAGGGUUAAUAUAUAUUAACGAGGGAGCUCGAACUCAUUAUCACAUGAAAGAAGAUGAAACAUUUUAUGUGAUCAAUGGUACGCUUCAGUUCUAUGUUGCUGGGGAUCAAUUUUGUGCACCAGCUGGUACAACAGUUUAUAUUCCACGGAAUGUGACACAAUCGGUUCGAAAUGUCAAUUCAAAGCCAGUUUAUGUGCAGAUAUCGUUCACACCACCGGGCAGAGAAUAUUAUUUAGAGAAAGUCACUCCCAUUCAUGAUACACAGCCGAUUAAUUAUACGAGAGUAAAUGAACUUGCAGCAGAAUACGGAGUUGUCAACUUACCUGAAGUUGAUUGGAAAGAUCUUAAUUGCCUGUAA